AUGGUUCUCACGCGCGCGGGGAAGACGAUCAGGGACGAGCCGUACUCUGACUACGACCGCAGGACGCCUUUACACGUCGCCGCGAGCGACGGAUCCGUGAUGGUCACGAACUGGCUCAUAGAGCAAAAGGUGGACCUGAACCCGCUCGAUCGAUGGGGAAUGACCCCGCUCGAGGGCGCGGUGUUCGGCGAUCAUCAGGACAUCGUCGCGAUGUUACAAAAAGCCGGGGGUCUGAUCAAAGACCGCGGGACCGGGCAGUUGAUCCCGUUGGAGGAGUCGCACACCCCGGAGCUCAUGGCGUGGGAGAUCCCCGACGACGAGCUCAGCGAACGUACCGAGAUCGGCGCGGGCGCGUUCGGGGUCGUCAUGCGCACGCGGUGGCGCGGAACGAUCAUCGCGAUGAAGCAGCUGCAUCGGCAUUUACACCACGACGAGGUCGCCAAGGCGGAGUUCAGGACGGAGCUGAAGCUCAUGCGUCAGUUGCAUCAUCCGCACAUCGUGCAGUUCCUCGGGACGUCCAUCGAGACGGACACCGGGCUGGUGUCGCUAUGCUUCGAGUUCAUGCACGCGGGGUCGUUGGACCAGCUGUUCCGCAAGUCGGAGGUCCCGCUCUCCCUCGGCGUCGCGCUCGAGAUGGCCCUGGACGUCGCGCGAGGGAUGAGCUACCUCCACGGUCGGAAACCCCUUCCGGUGAUUCACCGCGAUUUGAAGCCGGGCAACUUGAUGUUGACGCGAGCGAUGCGGCUCAAGAUUGGCGAUUUCGGUCUGUCCAAGACCCUGUCCGUGCGCAACAAGAUGCCGCAGGACGUGGACACGAACUUCACGAUGACGGGCGAGACCGGGUCGUACCGGUACAUGGCGCCGGAGGUUUUCCGGCACGAAUUUUACGGCCCCGCCGUGGACGUCUACGCCGCGUCCAUGAUUUUCUACCAACUCUUUUGCUUCCAGCAGCCGUUCGCGGGGUUAAAUCCGGUCGACGCCGCGAAGAUGGCGUCCGCGGAGGCUCUGCGCCCCACGCUCGCGCAAGGGUUGAUGCCCCCGGAGCUGUCGAGGAUCGUGCGGAGCAUGUGGAACCCGGACGACAUGGCGCGGCCGACGUUUGUGAAUCUGAUCGAUCAGCUCGAGCCGUUGGCGACGUGGUAUCAAGACGAGGAGGCGAAAAACGCGGGCGGGGGGAAGUGCUGCGUCGUGUCGUAG